AUGUCUCGUCUGCUGCUGCUCUGCCCUUCCCUCCGCCACCGCACCACCCUGUUCUCGAAGACUGGCUGUCGCCUCACCCACUCAGAAAAAACAAACAACCGAGACCUGUCGCCCACGGAAUCGGCUGUUGGAAUGGUGGUGUUCUUCACGGCCUUUUUCAGCCCGAUGGCGUACGUGCUAACCAAUCUGAGCCGUUUCAAAAGAGAGUAG